GUAUGCGGAGGAGGGAGGGCCCUGGGAGUGAGCAGGAAGGAGAGGCCCCUGUAGGGAAGGGAGAGAAGAGCUCAGAGCCUCCCGUCUGACACAGCUUGAGCAGCAGGGCUCCAGGUGGCAGGAGCUCCCCAUUCUCGGCACCAUGAGCUCCACCACUGGUCCAGAAGCUUCUCCCAAACGGAGUGCCAAGUCUAUCUAUGAACAGAGGAAGCGUUACUCCACCGAGGUUAUGGCCGAUGUUUCCCAAUAUCCAGUCAAUCACCUGGUGACCUUCUGCCUGGGUGAGGAGGAUGGCGUGCACACGGUGGAGGACGCCUCGCGGAAGCUGGCCCUCAUGGACAGCCAAGGCCGCGUCUGGGCCCAGGACAUGCUGCUGCGCGUGUCUCCCACACACGUUGCGCUGCUGGACCCAGUCUCCAAGGAGGAGCUGGAGUCUUACCCGCUGAGCGCCAUCGUGCGUUGCGACACGGUGAUACCGCCGGGCCAGAGCUGCUCACUGCUGCUGCUCGUGUGCCAGGAGCCCGAGCGCACGCAGCCCGACGUGCACUUCUUCCAGGGCCUGCGUCUGGGGGCGGAGCUGAUCCGAGAGGACAUCCAGGGGGCUCUGCACAACUAUCGCUCGGGCCGCGGGGAGCGCAGGGCGGCGGCGCUCAGGGCUACGCGAAAGGAGCUGCAGUGCCACCCCUCGCCCGCCGCCGAGACCGCGCCCCUGCAGCACCGCCCAACGGUCCGCGCCGCGAUCAACACGGUGGAGCCGGCCGCGGGCCGCGGGCGACCCCGGGCGGACCCCAUCCCAGAGACUGCAGAGAUGCGGAGGCCGGGCCGGGCGGAGGUCUGCAGCAGCGCUGACCCGACCUCUCGGGACCUGGGCCCCUGCGGCCCAGACCUGGCCAGUCUGCAGGCGGAGCGGGAAGUGGACAUCCUGAACCACGUGUUCGACGACGUGGAGACCUUCGUAUCAAGGCUGCAGAAGUCUGCCGAGGCGACCCGAGUGCUGGAGCACCGAGAGCGCAGCCGCAGGACCCGGCACCGGGAGGCCGGGGAGGGCCUCCUGACGCUGCGGGCCAAGCCGCCCUCAGAGGCCGAGUUCAUUGAUGUGCUUCAGAAAAUCAAGUACGCCUUCAGCUUGCUGGCCCGGCUGCGCAGCAACAUCGCCAACCCCUCCUCCCCAGAACUGCUGCACUUCCUGUUCGGACCUCUGCAAAUGAUUGUGGACACCUCGGGCGGCCCCCAGUUCGCGAGCUGCGUGCGGCGGCCGCAUCUGACUUCCGAGGCUGUGGCGCUGCUGUGGGACAACGUCACCCAACUUGAAAACACGCUCUGGACCUCGUUGGGGGACUCUUGGACCCGCCCGGGGAUAGAGCUACCCUCAGAGGAGGGACCCCCAUACAGACCUGAGUUCUACAGCGGCUGGGAGCCCACAGCCACGGACCCACAGGGCCGCGCCUGGGAGGACCCGGUAGAGAAACAGCUACAGCACGAGCGGCGCCGCCGGCAGCAAAGCACUCCUCAGGUCGCUGUCAAUGGUCACCAAGACCAGGAACCAGAAGCUGAGCCCCAGGAGCUGGAGCCGGCGGGAAAGUGGGUCCUAUGUAAUUAUGACUUCCAGGCGCGCAAUAGCAGCGAGCUGUCCGUCAAGCAGUGGGACAUAUUGGAGGUCCUGGAUGACCAGCGCAAGUGGUGGAAGGUUCGGGACCAGAGGGGGCAGGAGGGAUAUGUACCCUAUAAUAUCCUGACACCCCACCCGGGGCCGCGGGGGGGCCGCAGCCUGGAGAACAGCACUCCCUCUCCCCCUCCACCACCGAUGUCGGCCCCGGCUCCGGCUCCCCCUCCACCACCAGCGCCGGCCGUGGCUCCGGCUCCCCACCCCCCACCAGCGUCAGCCUCGGCCCCGGCUCCUCCCCCCCCUCCCCCUCCCGCACCAGUGCCGACCCUGGCUCCAGCUCCCGGUGCCCGACCAGCGCGGACCCAGGCUCCGUCUCCGUCUCGGUCUCCCAGGGACAGCUGCGAGAGCCUCAACAACUUGGACUCCGGCAAGAAGGAGAAAUUCUCCCAGAUGCUCAGUAUCAACGAGGAGCUGCAGGCACGCCUGGCCCAGGGCCUCACGGGCCCCAGCCGCGCAGCCCCGGGGCCCCGCACCCCAGAGCCCCGCGCCCCGGAGCCGCAGCUCAGCCCGCGCUCCAACGCUUCGGAGGUCCGCGCCUGGCUGCAGGGCAAGGGCUUUAGUUCAGGGACCGUGGCCGCGCUAGGCGCAUUGAGCGGCGCGCAGCUAUUCUCGCUGCAGAAAGAUAAGUUUCGGGCGCUGAGCCCCGAGGAGGGGGCGCGCGUGUACAGCCAGAUCACAGUGCAGCGCUCGCUGCUGGAGGACAAAGAGAAAGUGUCAGAGCUGGAGGCGGUAAUGAAGAAGCAAAAGAAGAGGAUGGAAGAUGAGGUGGAAACGGAAGUCAUUUGAUCCUUCCCCGCCCCUCCGCUAAGUUUCCAGGAAGCAGCCCGGCGGGAGAACGGACUCUGCAGACUGCCCCCACCAACGGAAGUAGAUCCCUCCAGGGAUCGCCGACCUGUUCCAGCCUUGGUCUUACCCCGUCCGGUUAGAUAAAUCGGCCCGUCCUUAAUGGAGUCUCCUGAGAAGUGCUCUCGUAUUGGCCGAGAACGGGCACUGAGACAAUUUAGGGCAAGUGCUUGCGCUCGGGAACCCUGUGUAUUGUGAUAAUGCUACCCAGUCUAUAAACAGCCUCCUCUUAGCAGGC